AUGAAGAAUUCGAUUGGCUAAAGAAAUAUUCUACAAAAUUAUGGUGUGGAUGUAAGUUUUUAUCGUGUAAAAUAAAAUCAAUCAAUACUUACAACACGUCAUUCAAAAUUGCCAUCAUUCAAUAAUCCAAUUCCUAUUUCAACACCAACAUCUCCUAAAGAAUAACAAAAAAUGUGGAAAACUAAUCUUUGCUUUUAAAAUGAGAGUUCUUUCAGUUAAUCUAGAAAAAGAUAAGAUGAGUUAUCCAGUAACAAAAACAGUGCUAGUCCUCAAUUAAGAUAAUUACCUCGCAAAUCAUAUCAAAUAUAAUUGGAUUAGUAACAGAAGCUUUUCUAAGCUCCAAAAUCAUAAGAAAGACGUAGCUUUAGAAAUUCUAUAUAUUCAAGACCUUAAUCAAGAUUGUUUGAAGAAUAGUAUUCUUUACGAAUGCCUACUAGCGAUAUUGAAAUUGGAAGGGGUAAUUUUAAAUUUCAUUAUGUUCUUGGGAAAGGAGGAUUUGGUAAAGUUUGGAGAGUUGAAAUGAACAAAACACAUAAAUUAUUUGCAAUGAAAGAGAUGAGUAAAGCCAAGUAAGUUGAAAUAUCGCUAUUAGGGUUUUGGCCAAAAAAUCUGUCAAUUCAGUGAUGAAUGAAAGAAUUCUUCUAACUUAACUAAAACAUUCUUUUAUAGCAAAUAUUCAUUAUGCAUUUUAGGAUAGAGAAAACUUAUAUUUAGUUAUGGAUUUAUUAACAGGUGGUGACCUUAGAUAUCAUAUUGGUAAAAUGCGUAGAUUUUCAGAAUAACAUACAAGUAUGAUAUCUUAAUUUAAUAAUUUUAGAGUUUGUGAUUGCAAAUAUGCUUUUGGCUUUAGAAUAUCUUCAUAGAAAUGGGAUUAUUCAUAGAGAUAUUAAACCAGAGAAUAUUGUUUUAGAUAAGAAAGGUUAUCCAAGAUUAACUGAUUUUGGAAUUGCUAGAAUAGUAAAACCAGAAAAUUCUCAAGAAACAAGUGGAACACCUGGUUAUAUGGGUAUUUUUAUUUUUAAUUUAAAUUUAGCUCCAGAAGUUAUGUUUAGAUAAAAUCAUAGUUUUGGAGUUGAUCAUUUUGCAUUAGGAGUAAUGGCUUAUGAAUUUAUGAUGGGUAAAAGACCCUAUUUAGGCAAAACUCGAAGAGAUAUUAGAGAUGCUAUUAUUGCAAAAUAGGUUUCACUUAAAAAACAUGAAAUUCCUCAAAAUUGGUCUUGGGAAGCAGCUGAUUUUAUUAAUUAAAUGUUACAGAGAAAACCAUAAGCUCGUUUAGGUUUUAGUGGAAUUGAAGAAAUUUAAUCUCAUCCUUGGUUCUAAGGAUUUCCAUGGAAAGGAUUACAUGAAAAAUAAUUGCCAUCUCCAUUUAAACUGAUAAAAUCAUAAGAUGAAGAUUUUAUUCGAGAAAUUUCUUCUGAUCAUGAUUCUUAAGAUGAAAUGAUUCAGGAAAAUUUACUAUUACUUAGAUAGGAAACAAUUUAAAAUCUUUUUUAGAAUUAUACGUACAUGAAGGAAUAGUAAGUAACAAUAAAGAGAUUUUGA